UCUUUAAGAUUCGGAAUACCUGUUAUUUAUAAACAUUUUUAACUUCAUAGAAAAAAAGGUAGCAUACUAAUAUUAUUUCUGGACUGAAAAGUCCAUCAGCAGCACCCUUCGUCCGUUCUCCAACCUCAUUCACUCGCUGUCAGUAGCCAACGAAAGAAAGCUUUUCCAGGGAAGAUGAGCAGCUCAAAGAAGAAAGAAAGAAAGAGAGCGACCUCCGCCUUCUUUUCUCGCUCUCACUUUAAUUCAAACGCAUGGCUCGGGAAACGGGCAGUGCUUCUGCUGUUCCGUACCAAACGGUAAAGACACUGUGGCCGAGGGUGGAGGGUCGAUCUUCCGCCUUUGAUCCGCGCUGCACGGAUCUCACAGCACCAUUUUACCUUUGAAUUAAUCCCCACCUCGCUUCCCUCUCGCUCUCCACAAGCUUUCGAGUUGAUGCUUCGGGAGAUCGGUCCGCGUGGGGUAAAGCUCUCGGGUGGUUGGUGAUCUCUUGUGACGAGACUUUCCUGCUUUGAGCUUCAAUCCAAUGUCGAAAUCCAGAGGAACGGAGUUGCCGCAGAGGCGGCCGCAGCGUGUGCCGCUCCACCAGAAGACCAACUCUGAGGUCAACAGCCUCCACCGCACAGCGGUGGCCGCAGUCGAUCGCCGUGUGAAACCGGAGAAACGGCAGUCCCCUCGUUCUACCUUGCACGAGAUCCAGAGGAAGAGCGGCCCCAGGGUCACCGAUCUGGAGACCAAGCUCGGCAGAGCGCUGGUGGAGCUCGAUAGGCUAAGGGACCGACUGGCCUUGGCGGAAGCCGCGAAGCUCGACGCGGAACGAGCUCUCGAGAUGUCCAAGGAGCAAGUGCCCGCCGCCAGCCCAGUAGCGAAAGCAGUUGAAGAAGAGAAGCUUCUGCUUUCUCAGGACUCCGAUGAGAUAUCCGAAGUCACUCAGGAGGCGAAGACCGAAGAGGAGAGCAUCAAUUCACCGAACACCAACGACGUCUUCCAAGUAGUAGCACCGACCGAGCCCAUUCACCAUGGGAAAGACGAUGUCAGCAAGCCUGAAGAAGACGAGACAGAAACGGCGAAAGAAGAGGAGAAGACAGAGGAAGAACAGUGUAAGAGGGUGGAAAUUCCGGACUCGACUGAGAUGGUCGAACUCAAGUCCAAGCUACUGGAGAAAACGACAGAGGUGGGGAUUCUGCUAGAAGAGAACGUGCUCUUCAAGAGGAGAGCAGCGGAGGAGACCGCGAAAGCGACCGCCGCAGCACGUGCCAAGGAAGAGGAGCUCAUGACGAAGCUGCGAUCAGCGGAAGAGGAGCUGAAACAGAGCAAGGCGAAGGAGGAGCUGCUAACUGAGCAGCUGCAGGCGGCAGAAGGGGCGAAGUCGGUGCUAGAGGCGGAAAUGAAUCUGCUAAGGGUGCAGACGGAACAGUGGCGGAAGGCCGCCGAGGCGGCCGCCGCGGCACUGGUCCCCGGCGACGUCGGGGACGAAGAAUGGGGUCCAGCGCUGAUGGCCGGGGAUGGCAUGGGGGAGGAGGGGGUGGUGGCCGGAAGGAGGAGGAAGAAGGGGGUGGCCGGAGUUCGCAUGUUCGGUGAGCUUUGGAAGAAGAAAAACCUGCAUAAGUAGAGAUCGUGCGCUCUUUGUAUUCGUAUCUCCUUGUUUCGAUGUACCGAACAUGAAGCUGUAGGGAAGACGUAUUGGUUUGGACUAAGCUUUUGAACCUGAUGUCGGAUCAUAUUCGAAUCCGGAUUCAU